CAAUAUAUUAGAAUACACUUUCCUGAAUUUCCUCUGUUCUCUCUUUAUUUCUUUAUUAGUCAUCUUUUGCUUUGUUCUUUUUCUCCUUUCACCCCAUCUCUCUCUACUAAAUUGGGUUUUUUCCCUUCUUUUCUUCUCUCUGUUUGAUGGUAUUCUAGAUAUGGCUGUAGAUUUAAUGACUACUGGCUAUAGAAACAACAAUACUUACACAUCCAAAAUGGAAGAAAACGCCAUGCAAGAAGCUGCCGCUGGUUUACAAAGCGUUGAGAAAUUAAUCAGAUUGCUCUCUCAAUCUCAAAACCAUUCACAAAAGCAAAAUCAGAGCUUUCAAGAUCCCUCUAUAAAUACUAACUCCACUUUAGAUUUUUCACCAGAUUACCUAGCAGUAGCUGAUACAGCCGUCAACAGAUUCAAAAAGUUCAUUUCUUUACUUGACAGAACAAGAACCGGCCAUGCCCGGUUCCGCAGGGGUCCAAUCACCACUACUAGUUCUCCGGUUCUACAUAAAGAACCGGAGCUGCUCUGUCUACCGGAGCCCAGUCAGAACCGGCCGGUUGAAGAAAAGUUAAAAACCGAAAACCCACAAGCCGGUUCGAAAAUCUAUUGUCCCACACCGAUUCAGCGUUUGCCUCCGUUACCCCUUAACCACCACCACCACCACCAGCAGCUGGUGAAAAAUGGGUCAACGUCGGAGAGGAAAGAAUCAACGACCACAAUCAACUUUGCUACCCCAUCGCCGGCGAAUUCUUUCAUUUCAUCGUUGACCGGUGACACCGAGAGUUUGCAGCCGUCCUCGAUGACGUCGUCCGGUUUUCAAAUAACGAAUCUUUCUCAGGUUUCAUCCGCCGGUCGGCCACCGCUCUCAACGUCGUCGUUUAAGCGGAAGUGCAGUUCCAUGGAUGAUUCGACCGUGAAGUGCAGCAGCGCCGGUGGAUCUUCCGGUCGUUGCCAUUGCCCCAAGAAAAGGAAAUCAAAGGUCAAAAGAGUGGUGAGAAUCCCGGCAAUUAGCAUGAAAAUGGCAGAUAUUCCACCAGAUGAUUUUUCUUGGAGAAAAUAUGGUCAAAAACCUAUCAAAGGUUCUCCUCAUCCCAGGGGAUAUUACAAGUGUAGCAGUAUAAGAGGAUGUCCAGCAAGAAAACAUGUGGAGAGGGCAUUGGAUGAUCCAAACGUAUUGAUUGUAACAUAUGAAGGAGAACAUGAUCAUCCAUUUUCCAUUACAGAGACACCACCAGCUGCUAUAGUACUUGAAUCUUCUUGAUCGAUAUUCAACUAAUCUAGCAGCUCACUUCUUUUUUUUUUCUUUUUUUUUUGUCCCACCAACAGACGUGAACAAUCUAAAACAAUCAAUGCAAAUGCACUUCAUUUAGUAAACUUCUAGUGAAAAGAACAAGAUGGAGAAAUUGGCAUUUGAGGGGAGGGGUCCAUUUGUUUAUUAUUGUUUGAAAACUUUUGAUUUUGCGUUGAAACAAAUAUCUCAAAGUUGUGGAUUUGGUGGACAUUGAAUCAUGCACGUAGUGGGCUUUUAAUAUUUUCCUUUUUUUUUUUUUUUUGGUUUAUGGGGUGGGCGAAUUUUUUUUUAUUUUGUCAACCCCUCCUCAUACACCAUUCCAUAUCAUGUUAAAAAGAUUAUUCUUUUUUUUUUUCAUCUCUUUCAAUUGAAAUAAUACAGUACUUACUCCUUUCCUCUUCUCAA